UUUUCUCACAUGCAUAUACCUCACACAAGAAACAACCAUUCAUUUCACACACAUUGUCUUCUACUCUUCUCUCUCCUUCUUUUCUUUCUCCUCCUAAAAUCUCAAAUCUUUGCACUACAACUACUCAAUGAAAAAUUGAUUGUACUUCAUCAAUCCCCUUAAAUAAACAACUCCUAAUAUUAAUUACCCUUUCUCUUUGCACAUCACUUACCACCAUCAAUCAACAACACUAUCUCAAAAUAUUAUUAUUAUUUUUUUGGUCAAGUCUCAAAGUGUUAUAUAUAUCUCACUUUUUCCAUACCCUUAAAAAUUGUCAUUUAGUAGUACUAUAUAUAUAUAUUGUGAAAGUGAAACAAAACAAAAUUGAGAGCUAGAGGAAAUUAUACAACUAAGAGCAAGAAAGAAAAGUUAGGAGAAAUACAAGAAAACAAAGAGAAGGAAACAAGAGUACUUUAGUGCAAACUAUAUAUACAUACAAAAAUAUUUAUAUAUAGAUAUAGAAAAUAUAUAGUUUUUGUUGUUGUUGUUGUUGUGCUAUCAUAGCUAAGAUGGAGUUAUUUCCAGCACAACCAGAUUUGUCAUUGCAAAUCAGCCUUACAAACAACAAUGAAACAACAUCAUCAUCAAGUUGGAGAAGAAAUACAAAUGAAGAAGAAGAAGAAGAAGAAGAAAUUGAUUUAGGAUUUUGGAAGAGAGCUUUGGAUUCAAAUUCAAGAUCAAACACGUUUGAUCUUUCUCUCUCCAAUCCAUUAAGUGCUUCUUCUUCAUCAUCAUCAUCUUCAAACCCCAAUUUGAUAACACACCCUUUUCACAACAAUAAUAAUUCCAACAACCCAUUUCAUCAAAGCCACUACUUUCAAAAUCAAAACAACAACAAGAAAAGCUUAAGUGAAGAAUUAGGUUUUCUAAAACCUAUAAGAGGAAUUCCAGUUUAUCAUCAAAAGGCUUCUCCUAAUAAUCCUUUUGCAUUAUUUUCUUCUCAAAAACCCUUUGAUGUUGUUGCUUCUUCUUCUUCUUCAACAACUUUUCAUUCUCAAAGUUUGAUGAGAUCAAAGUUUUUGCCACGGUUUCCUUCAAAACGUAGCAUGAGAGCUCCAAGGAUGCGUUGGACUGCCACUCUUCAUUCUCGCUUUGUUCAUGCUGUUCAGCUUUUGGGUGGCCAUGAAAGGGCUACACCCAAAUCAGUUCUUGAGCUAAUGGAUGUAAAGGAUCUAACUUUAUCACAUGUUAAAUCUCAUUUGCAGAUGUACCGGACGGGGAAAAUUACAGAUAGAGCAGGGGCAUCAUCAGGGCAAUCUGAUAUUAAUUAUGAUAAUGGUUCAUCUGGAGAUACUUCUGAAGACUUUAUUUUUGACAUAAACUCUUCAACAAGGUCUAAUGAUCCACCAAUUAAGUUACCUACAGAAAUUACUAAUCAUGAUAAAGAAAAUUGUGGCCUUUGGAGCUCUUCCAGUGAACCUUGGUUGCAUGCUAAGCCAAACCUCCAUCCUCUUCCAAUCAUCCCUUCUCUUCAGGGAAUGGAUCCAAAGUGUCUAAGCAACGAAAGAAAUUCAGAUGGAAGUUGUUCCUCAAACAUUUCAGGAACAAGCCUCAAGAAGACAAAUUUGGAUUUGGAAUUCACUUUGGGAAGGUCACUUUGAUGUCACUCUUUUAUAUAUAUAUAUAUAUAUAUAUAUAUAUAUAUAUAUAUAUA